UACAUGGAAAGAGAUCAAUCAAAACAAGACAAUAAUAAGAAUAACAACUCAUCAUCUCUCCUCUCUCCCAAACACUCCCCAACAAAACAUCCUCAUCCAAACAACAACAACAUUACUUCCACGAAUGAUCAGAGACUGAAGAGAGAUGAAUGGAGUGAAGGGGCCGUCUCAACUCUUCUCGAAGCUUACGAGGCUAAAUGGUCUCUCAGAAACCGAGCAAAGCUCAAGGGCCAAGAUUGGGAAGACGUGGCCAAGUACGUCUCUGCCAGAGCACACAAUUCUAAGUCACCCAAGACGCAGACGCAGUGCAAGAACAAGAUUGAGUCGAUGAAGAAGAGGUACAGGUCGGAGUCCGCCGCCGGCGCUGGGGAUGCGUCGUCUUCGUGGCCGCUUUAUCCUCGCCUUGAUCUUCUGCUGCGGGGGAAUGCCGCCGUUGCUCCGAUGAUGCAUGUUCAGGUUGCUAACCCGCCACCGGUUGUGGUGAUGGGAACAUCGUCCCCGCUGCCGCAACCUCGAGGGCCUCUUGUACCUCCACCGGGAAGUGCUGCGGUGAACUCGCAUGAGUCUGGUGGUGUUGACCGGUCGGCUAAGAAAGAUUGCAACAACAAUGACCCCAAAUUAUCGGAGCAAGAAUCCCAUAAGAACCAUAUUGAUGACACAGACAGUAGCACAGGCGCAGUGCAUGCAGACAAGGAAAAAUCGAAGGGUGAAAGGACGAAUAAUAACGCAAUGAAGCGUAGAAGAGAUCACGGACAUGCAGGGGAGAUAGGGGAGAGCAUCCGAUGGCUAGCAGAAGUGGUGGUGAGGUCGGAACAAGCACGAAUGGAGACUAUGAGGGAGAUCGAGAGAAUAAGAGUGGAAGCCGAAGCAAAGAGAGGGGAGAUGGACCUCAAGCGGACAGAGAUCAUCGCCAAUACUCAACUUGAGAUCGCUAAGCUAUUUGCUAGAGGAUCGGUCGAUUCUUCUUUGAGGAUGGGGAGAAGUUGAAAUAAUGUCUGUCGUUCUUCACUUGGAAAAAUAAUUGUUAUGAAUUAAAUUUAGGAGGUAUGCUUAAAACGUUAAAUACUGACAUGGGGUUGGAAGCAAAGUGAGAAAUAACAUAAUAAAGAAUUAUUCGGUAUCA